UUUCUAUCAAAAGCUGUCAAACUAGAAGAUCACAAUCAAUUUUAUAAAGGACGAAUAUUUACAAAUAUUACGUGUAUAAAAAAACAGAAAAAAACAUGAGAUGUGCCGCUUCGUUUUGCAAAAGGAAACCCUCCAAGCACGUUGGCUUUUUCCGAUUCCCUAAAGAUAUCGUCACACGGCAACGAUGGAUCGAUUUCUGCCGGUUGCUCCCCGAGCGGGAAAUAAAAUACCAUUCGCGCCUUUGUAGCCUCCACUUCGAUUACGAACACGACCUGUACGUGACACGCAGAGGAGGUAAACUUAUGACAGUGCCAGGAGCUGUUCCGAAAUUUGGCAAUGUCCAGUGCUUGAACGCCCCAUAUGAAGGAAACGGUCGGGCAAUGGUUUCUCAGUUCGUUGAAGAUUGCUGCGAAAGUUCCGAUACGGACGCAAACUUUUCCGACGCUGAGUCUUGCACGGAUGACGAAUAUUCCAGUAACAGUUCGAAAAAGUACCAUUUUGAUCCAAUUAGGGAUCAUCAAUAUGCGCGUUCUAUAUCCUCGUGUAGACACAAAGCCUUGAAGUCGUCACAAAGAUCCGAGUAGCUCGGGAAAUGUAGAACAAGUCGGAAGCAUAUAAGUGAAAAAUAAAAAUGCAGUUGAUUAUCACUGAUUUUCUAGUCG